UUUUAUUUUUUUUUUUUUCUAAUUUCUUAAAUAAAAAUGACGCAACAACGUCAAACUUCACCUAUGUCAAUUACACAACUUGUUCAUAAUAACGAUAUAGAAGAUCCAGAUGUAAAAUUAGCAGCAGAAGUAUUAGGUGAUAUGGCAAGAUUAAAACAUAAAAAUGUUAUUAAUUUACCACCCAUUUCAACACCUUCUACCACGCCUAGCUCACCUUUACCUACACCUACUACUUCCUCAAUGAAUGAACAACGAUUAUCAUUUUCAAGUGACUCUACUAUGAACGAAGAUAGUCAACAGCGACAAUCUUCAAAUUUUAUCCAUCGAGUCUCUAAUAUUCCAAUUGUUAACAGCGCUUUAAAGGCUUAUGAAAAUUCAAAGAAUUCAAGUUCUGUCAUGAAAUAUGGUGCUGAAAUGGUUGAAUCAUUUGCAGCCCCUAUUUAUGACAAGUUUGGUAAACAUGCUUUAUCUGGAGUUGAUGAAUGGGGUUGCAAACAACUGGAUAGGUUAGGAGAAAAAUAUCCUCAUUAUGUUAAUCCAAAGGAAGAAAUGAAAAAGGAAGAUAUGGAUACUGAGGAAGAUGAAGAUGAUGAUGACGCAAGAUCUGCUACUUUUGCUCUUUCUAGAGCUACAUUAGUUGAUGAUAAUAUAGAAGGAGGAAUCCGUAGAAGAAGAGAAAAUGAAGAAUACAAAGCUCGAUCUCGUAAUGCUUCCCGAUCUACAUCUCCUCAUAGACCUCAUGGUAUUACAAAAGCUAUGCCUUAUAGAUAUCGUCAACAACCCCUUGUACGUAGUAAAUGGCAUCAAAUUGUUAUGCAUGCUUCUUCUGCUGCAGGAACAACGGCUGCAGUUAUAAGUGAAGAAAGUAUGAAAUGUUUAAAGUAUUGUCUUAGUUGGCUACAGUAUGCUUCACAACAUAUUGAUCAGCAGAUGACUUUACUUCGUGAUUUUUUAGUCUCUUUAACAUCCAACACUACAAAGGAAGUAACGACUUAUGAUAAUAACCCAUCUUCGACAUUAACAAAAAUAAAAAAGGAAAUAGUGGAUACACUUCGUAAAGUAGUUGAUGUGAUAUCUAAAUAUGCUGGUACAGGAUUACCUGAGCAAGCUAAAGCAGCUGUACGUGGAUUUAUUCUUGCACUACCAACACGUUGGGCGAUUUUAAAUAAUAGUACGACUUCAUCAAACACAACUUCUCCUUCCACCUCUCCCUCUAUAAAGCCCGUAAACACAAAUGUUCAAGAGACUUCAAUCAAAUUAUUGAAUUUUGGUGGUGAAUCGAUUGAAAUGAUACAUUCUGUAUCUAAUGUUUUUUCUGAUACCAUUGAACGUGCUGAAUUAUGGUUGGAGCGUCUUCGUGUUGUUGGUGUUGCAGGACAUCGAGUUUCUUCUACUCAACCACAGCAAAUGGAUUUAAAUUAAUUUAUAUACCACACACACACACACCAUUCAUUCCUUUUAUUUUAUUUUAGUAUAUCUCUCUUUACUGGAC